AUGAAGCGCAUUGCAAGCCAACACAUGCGCCGCUCCCUGCUGUCGCCGCGGUCUGUCCGCCUGUUGUCGCCCGCUUCCUCGAUAGCCCCCUCCCGCCGCUGUUUCGCCCUGUCGACUCGCCUCGGACAAGAUGCUCCCGUGACAGCACCACCACCCACAAUCGACACUCCCUCUGCCGACUCUACCGCCUCGUACACAAACGUUGGCCGCACCUCACGAAGGGCUUCUCGCGUAACCUCGCCCAAGCUCAGCGCUCUCCACGCCCGUCUCUCGCUCCCGCCGCGCUUCCCCGUCCAGUCCCUAGCACGCUGUCUAGUACAUCCUUCGGCCGACCGCAACCCCCAGAAGAACAAUGCCUCUCUCGCCGUCAUUGGCCAAGACCUGCUCGCCUACUACACCGCCGAAUGGCUGUUGUGCAACUACCCUCGCCUCCCCAUGCAGGUCCUGUUCGCCGCCCAGUAUGCCUACUCGGGUCCCAAAACCCUAUCGGCCAUGCGUGACGAAUGGGGUGUAGAGUCUGUCGCUGCCCCUGGUGUAGAAGUCGAUCCCGGUCUCCUGCAAUUUGUUCGUCAAAAGCCCGGCAACGCCAUGGCCGAAGGUGCCAUGGUUCGCCUAAAGGACAUGCCCGAGAACGACUCCAAGCCUGCCUCUGCCCGUCCCAACUCACUCUUCAACUACCGUCGCGGUGUCUCGUCCCGUAUUGUAUACGACAAUCAGUUCGGCGACUUGCAAGACAACCCUGACUCCUCCUCUACCUCGUCCCAGAGCCCCGAUGGCGCCGUCACUACCGAAGAAGCCUCGGCCAGCUUCAUCAACGCUGUCUUCGGCGCCCUCUACCUACACGCUGGUGUCCAAGCCACACAGGCCUUCCACCAGGCUCACAUCCUCUCGCGUCACAUUCCCCUGCAUACCCUCUUCUCUUUCACCCACCCAACUCGCGAUCUCUCUCGCUUGUGCGCACGCGAGGGCUUCGAGCCGCCCGUUGCACGCCUGCUUUCCGAGACUGGUCGUCACUCCCGCAGUCCCGUUUUCGUCGUUGGCGUGUACAGUGGUAGCGACAAGCUAGGAGAAGCUGCUGGCUCAAGUCUGGACGAGGCCCGUGUGCGUGCCACUGCUGCUGCGCUUCGCUCGUGGUACCUCUACUCGCCUCCUCGCGAGAACAUUGUUCUGCCCAGCCAUUCCGCCACCACUCAAUGGAAACCUCAAAUGAUCGACAUUGGCGAGAUUGUCACUUGA